AUGUCAUAUUUCAAUAUCCUGUCAUUACUAUCAUGUUAUUAUCAAUAUUACCACUACUGUUCCUCUCAUCAGUUAGUGUGUGUGUUACCUGUCGUACCCGUAAGUCAAAGUUGUUGAAUGUUUUAUAAACGUUUCUGGUGAACGUGUUUUUCAACCUGUUCAAAUAUUAAAUUAUUGUUCACAGUACGUACAAAUGCAGACUUUGUUGGAUGUAAAAUAGAAGUCCUGAUCUCUGCCUGAUGGUCUGUGUCGUGUCCGUGCAGGUGUUGACGAUGACCGUUCUGAACCUGUCCUUCGCUGCGUCCGGUUUCUUGGGGAUCUACCACCUGGGCGCCAUGGAGGCCUUUCUCCGUCACGGAGGCAGGCUGCUGGGCUCCCUCGGGGCCUGUGCGGGGGCCUCGUCCGGAGCACUGGUGGCCGCUCUGAUGAUAACAGCUCCUGACAAGUUAGAGCGCUGUAAAGAGUUCACGUACGGGUUUGCGGAUGGUGUGAGACGACAGCAGCUUGGAGCCAUCACGCCGGGAUACAACUUCAUGCUCACACUACGGGAGGGCAUAGAAGAGAUUCUGCCCAGCGAGGCUCACACUCUGGCCACUGACCGCCUCCACGUCUCAAUAACACACUCCAGGAGCGGCAAGAACCACAUUGUAUCCAGGUUUACCUCCAGGGAGGAGCUCAUAAAGGCUCUACUGGCCAGCAGCUAUGUGCCCGUCUAUGCUGGACUGAAAGCAGUGGAGUUCAGAGGACAGAAAUGGAUCGAUGGAGGGUUCACUGACAGCCUGCCCAUUCCACCAGUGGGACGAACCAUCACCGUGUCUCCCUUUGCUGGAACGCAGGACGUGUGUCCUGUCCACAGGGGGCGCUUCAACACUCAACUCAGACUGCCCAACAUGAGUGUAAUGCUGUCCAUGGAGAACAUGAAACGUCUGAACCAGGCUCUGUUCCCUCCGUCCUCCAGCAGCAUGCAGUCUCUGUGUGAAGAAGGUUUCAGCGAUGCUGUGAGGUUCCUGAGGAGAGAGGCCUGGAUGAGCUGACAAGUCAGAGAACAAGGGUGAAGAAGCAUUGACAGAAGAGUGAGAGUUUCACGCCACUUUGAUGGAUUUGAGUUUACUUCAGGUGUGAUUUUAGUUUUUCUUCACAAAAUUAAAAAAAAAAAAGAUGAAGACGAGUCUUUCCAUGCGGUGAUGCAGAGAAACUUCAAACACACGGACGGACUGAUCUGUGGACAUCGCCUGUGUUGGUUUGUUGGGCAAAAUCCUUGAGAUGCUUUUUUUUUUUUUUCCAGGAUCAAGGCCUCGGUGUAUUUUUAUAAAGCAUUGGAUGAAAGAGUGUGUAUCAUUGUGAGCUUCAAUCAGAUCACACACACACACAUUCUGGACCUUUUCCACUGCUCCACGUGACAGCAGCUGAACAUGAUGAAAAGCCCUCAUGUGAACAUGGACUCUUCAUCAAUUUUCCAAGGAGGCAUUUAAUUUCCCCCAGCUUGAAGCGGUGAGAGAAAAAAUAUUGGAUAUCGCAGCACUUCAGAGGAGGUCCAUGCUGCCGUCAUGGACGUUGGGAGCUCCCUCAGGACACGAGGAUCGAGCGCCGUCUUUGAAGUGCCGGACGUUUCCGCUGGGUUUUCUCUGUUGCCUGGGUUACUGUUUGAUUUCGUCCAGCGUCAGGAGAUGUGAGCAGGUUCUCCAUCAGCUGAAACUGUGUGAGAGCUGCUCCUCCUUCAGGACAGAGCAACAGCCUGCUGCUUCACCGAAGAACGAGACAAAUUGAUUAUGUCGUACUAUCUACACACAUUCAGGCUGGUAACACUCAGAAGGCGCCGAUUGUAACAUUAAAUAAGACCUUUGUUUAGUUUACUACAACACAUCAGUACAGCAGGAUGAAUUUAGGACUGCGUGUUGGACAUCAGUCUUUUUCUGCAGUUUGUGAAAUGACAGUGUCUAAAACACACUAGAGCCUUGUUUCCUAAAGGCAUCUUACAGCUGGGAUGAUUCUAACUUUGUUCAAGCAAACAUUCUUAAGCUUACAAAGUGUCCCACAUGAAGACAGCUGAAAUGAACAAGUGACUCAUGCUUACUGUAAGAGGCUCCGAGCAUCUUAAGGUCUGUGUAAAGUUACAAUAAAGAAGUGUUCUGAGUUCAUCAGACCAAGAACCGCAGAAGGCUUUUAUACCAUUACAAUGCUAGGGGUGCAGGGGUAUGCUCAGGGUGGCCUCAGCGUGUCAUCGAGCCACCCUUUAAGGACCGCCCCCAAAAUCCUGGACUGAAAACUGGUGAAAAACUGUUUGA